ACUGUUUCAUUGCGCUUCCACAACAUUCAAAUUUCAAAGUUUCGAAACCCACAAGCAAAAGCAAACCUCAAAUGGCCCCUUUCUGCUCUCUUACUUUUCUUCUUCCAUAAAAGCAAUCCCUUUCCCCCUUUCUUUUCCACCGUUUGUUUUUUCUUUGAGGGGAAGUGACACAAAAAGAAGAUGGAGAACGAAGAAAUGACGAUUGAUCUCAGAGGAACCCCAACAUACGAUGGCAGAUAUGUCCGUUACAACAUCUUAGGUACCAUCUUCGAAGUUCCUUCCAAGUAUGCUCCGCCUAUUCAGCCUGUUGGUCGCGGCGCUUACGGCAUCGUUUGCUGUGCCACAAAUUCUGAGACAAAAGAGGAGGUUGCGAUUAAAAAGAUUGGGAAUGCAUUUGACAACAGGAUUGAUGCUAAAAGAACACUCCGUGAGAUCAAGCUCCUCUGUCACAUGGAUCAUGAUAAUAUCAUCAAAAUCAAGGACAUAAUUACACCACCGGAGAAGGAGAAGUUCGACGAUGUUUACAUCGCGUAUGAGCUAAUGGACACUGAUCUGCAUCAAAUAAUACGGUCUAGUCAGGCUCUCACCGAUGAUCACUUUCAGUAUUUCCUAUAUCAACUGCUACGGGGCCUGAAGUACAUACACUCGGCAAAUGUUUUGCACCGGGACCUAAAGCCUAGCAACCUGCUUCUCAAUGCAAAUUGCGAUCUUAAAAUUUGCGACUUUGGUCUUGCGAGAACCACCUCUGAGACAGACUUCAUGACCGAGUAUGUCGUAACCAGGUGGUAUAGAGCCCCUGAGUUGCUUCUCAAUUGUUCGGAGUAUACUGCUGCUAUCGAUAUCUGGUCAGUUGGCUGUAUCUUAAUGGAAAUAAUUAGAAGGGAGCCACUUUUUUCUGGUAAAGAUUAUGUUCAGCAGUUGGGGCUUAUUACUCAGCUGCUAGGGUCGCCAGAAGAUUCAGAUCUCGGAUUCCUUAGGAGCGACAAUGCUCGAAAGUAUGUUAAGCAGCUUCCUCGUUUCCCUAAGCAGCCUUUUGCAGAAAAGUUUCCAGAUUUGUCUCCCGAGGCAAUCGACCUUGCUGAAAAAAUGCUUGUUUUCGAUCCAAGCAAGCGCAUCACCGUGGACGAAGCACUGAAUCACCCAUAUUUGUCAAGUCUUCAUGAGAUAAAUGAAGAGCCCACUUGUCCAUCGCCUUUCGUCUUCGAUUUCGAGCAGAUGACCUUGAACGAAGAAGAUAUUAAAGAGCUGAUAUGGAGGGAGUCUUUGAACUUCAACCAAGAUAAGAUGCUCGAAUGAAGUCAGUAACAAGUUAUUUUACUUCCUUUAUAGUGUUUCGUUUCAUUAUAGUCCUGGUCCAAUGCUUGGUUACGUAUAAGUACAAGAAAAAGAAAAGGGAGAUAGGUUCUUCCUGGUGGUGGUGUGAUUUAAAAUGGUGGAAAUAGUUUUUGGGUUCAUAUGGGAGUCUGAUGCAAUAACUAUACACACUAGUUUUGGAAACCCAACCAUUAAAAUGAGGAUUUGAAUUGUUACGGGAUCCCCAUUG